CGUUCGCUCGUGUUUCCGGGUUCUGCUCUCCUCCUCGCGGGGUUGUUGGUUGUUGUCCGUGGCGGAGGAACUUGCGUCAGCCGGUCGGCGGCGCAGCGACAUGGACUGAAGCUGCGGAGCGGAGCGAUCCGAGCCGGACACCGGGGACCGAGGGCAGGCGGAGCGGAGCAAUCGACAACUGUGUGUGGACUGUGUGCGCAGCAGCAUCCAGGUGUCUCAGUGUGAACAAAGUGCAAGGUCCCGUCUGAGCGCGCACACACACGCACACGUCGCUGCCUCUUCAACAUCACCUACAUGAGCCCCUCUUUCUAGCGCUCUUUGUUUUUAUAAGCUCCUUUUUAUUUUAUUUAUUUUUAUUUUUUUUUUUGUUGAGGGGGUGGGGGGCAACAUGUCGUGUCUUCUGCUGGGAGUCCUGCGGAGACAGGGUGGUGUUGGCACGGCAGUCAGGGCUCGGUCCCUGGCCUCAAUCUCUUCACUGCCCCCGGCGGUAGCUGAGUUUGUGAAAGGAGCGGUGGAGGAGUGCAAGCCCACCGGGGUACAUGUGGUCACAGGGACGCCAGAGGAAACGGCCAACAUCCUUGCAGGUCUGGAGAGGGAUGGGAUGGUCAAGAAGCUUCCCAAAUAUGACAACUGUUGGUUGGCACGAACGGACCCGAAGGACGUGGCUCGGGUGGAGAGCAAGACUGUGAUUGUGACCAAGAGCCAAAGGGACACCAUCCCCAUCCCUGCUGACGGGGCGAAGAGCCAGCUUGGCAGCUGGAUGAGUGAGUCGGACUGGCAGAGAGCCAGGGAGGAGCGUUUCCCUGGCUGCAUGGCAGGUCGGACCAUGUAUGUGAUUCCCUUCAGCAUGGGCCCUGUAGGCUCCACUCUGAGUAAAUAUGGUGUCCAGGUGACGGACUCUCCGUACGUUGUGGCCAGUAUGGGGAUCAUGACGCGUAUGGGGUCGCCUGUCCUGAACAAACUGGCUGAAGGAGAGGAGUUUGUCCGCUGCCAGCACUCUUUGGGACGACCUUUACCACUCAGAACUCCUCUGGUCAACUCCUGGCCCUGUAACCCAGAAAAGGUGCUGAUAUCUCACCUGCCGGACACCAGGCAGAUUCUGUCCUUUGGCAGUGGCUAUGGAGGAAACUCUCUGCUGGGGAAGAAGUGCUUUGCCCUCCGCAUCGCCUCGCGCAUUGCCAAGGACGAGGGCUGGCUGGCAGAGCACAUGCUGAUCCUGGGCAUCACCAACCCCCAGGGAGUGAAGCGUUACGUGGCAGCGGCCUUCCCCAGUGCCUGUGGUAAAACCAACUUGGCCAUGAUGAAACCAGCGCUGCCCGGCUGGAAGGUUGAGUGUGUUGGAGACGACAUUGCGUGGAUGAAGUUCGACAGCCAAGGUAAACUGAGGGCCAUCAACCCGGAGAACGGUUUCUUCGGUGUGGCUCCGGGCACCUCAGACAAGACCAACCCCUACGCCAUGGCAACCAUCGCCAAAAACACUGUGUUCACCAACGUUGGCGAGACCAGUGACGGAGGGGUGUGGUGGGAAGGACUGGACCCCCCCGCCGCCGGCGUCACACUUACAGACUGGCAUGGCAAGACCUGGAAGCAAGGAAGCUCGACUCCGUGUGCCCACCCCAACUCCCGCUUCUGUGCCCCGGCGGCUCAGUGUCCCAUCGUUGACCCCCAGUGGGAGAGCGAGGAGGGGGUUCCCAUCGACGCCAUUAUCUUCGGAGGCAGGAGGCCAGAAGGAGUCCCUCUGGUCUACGAGUCGUUCAACUGGCAACACGGAGUCUUUGUUGGAGCCUCAAUGAGGUCUGAGGCCACGGCAGCUGCUGAGCAUCAAGGCAAGGUGAUCAUGCACGACCCUUUCGCCAUGCGGCCAUUCUUCGGCUACAACUUUGGCGACUACCUCGCCCAUUGGCUGAGCAUGGAGAGCCGGAAGGCCCCCACCCACCUGCCCAAGAUCUUCCACGUCAACUGGUUCAGGAAGAACCCGAGCACCGGUGCCUUCCUCUGGCCUGGCUUCGGCGAAAAUGCCCGCGUGCUGGAAUGGAUCUUCAAGCGCUGCAGCCGGGAGAGGGAGGACGAGGCGGCCAAGAAGAGCAUCAUCGGCUGGCUGCCACAAGACGGCACCAUCAACACCGAGGGCCUGGGCGGCAAGGUGGACAUGGGCGCCUUGUUCGAUGUGCCCAGGGCGUUCUGGCAGAAGGAGACCAAAGAGUUGAGAGCCUACUUCACUCAGCAGGUUGGAGCUGAUCUGCCAGUUCAGAUGGGGGCGGAGCUGAAGGCUCUGGAGGACCGGGUGCACAAGUAAAUCCCCCGGUGACGACGUCCCUGAUGACAUCAUCAUCAUUACGGUGCAAAUCAGAGUCACUGCCUGGGUUUGCAUACGCAGAUAAUGAAGUUCUGAACUGGGUUAGCUAGGCAAUCCAGCUUUGGUUUGAUGAAUAUAAACGUAUAAUUAUAAUACUCUGGUUGACACAUCACUGUGGCACAUAAGCAUCCAACUGGUCUUUAGACUUUUUCCAGCAUAGGAAAUGCCAAAAGCAUGGCAGCAGCUUGUAAAAGAUGAUUUAUCAGAGCCACAUUUUCAUACCUCUUUAUUGACAGAGAACUGUUAACAAUAAGGAUACCUUUCCAAAAGACCCGACACCCAGGCCAGUAUUUUAUAUUCUCUGCGUAUGAAAACACAGUCAAUGACUCAUGUCAUGAAGAGAAAUCAAUUAGGAAGGAGUUGAGGGGGAGAAGUUAAUCUGUGAUGCAAUACUGUCUUGUCGGACACUACUACACACUAAUGCUGCAACACUGACAGACUGGUGCUAGCCUGGUGGUGGCAGGGAGCUCUGACUUGACACGACUGUUAUAUUCCUGAGAGCUAAUGUCACUCCCUCGACUCACAAUACCAAACCGCAGCACAAUCACCACCACCUAGUUGUGCCUUUUUGAGACUUCUUAACAAUAAGAGUCCAGGCUGCUAAUGUUUACAGACUGAAGCACAAACAUCUCUAAUGCAAAAUUCUGACAAAAAAAGUAGAAUUUUAAAAAUCUUUAAAAAACAUUUUUUAACAUUAAGAGGUUUUAAAGCUUUAAAAUGCCAUUUAUUUUGAAUUGAGCCUGAUAUUAAGAAGAAGAAAAAACAUAUCAGAAGUUAACUACAAGAAACCUUGAAGCAUUAUUCCAGUGGAUUGAAGAAAUAUUGUGCAUCAUUCACCUGACCACUUUUGUAAUGUUUGUGAUUAAAGAUUGUUUGAUUUCAGGUGAUAUUCACACACACAAUGUGUGAAAAUGUUGGACCAAUAAAUGAGACUAAAAGUAUUAGAUAUUUGUAGAAGUUGUAUGCCAAGGUUUUUAUUACAGUGCAAUGAAUAAAUAUUUUCAAAUGCA